AUUUCGUUAUUUUUUAAUUUUCAGAUUGCUGUUUUAAUAUUAUUUAUUUUUUUGCCCAUUGGUUUUAUUUUCGAGAUUUUUUCCAUUCUGCCACAAUUUUUUGAACCCUUUUCUCAGGGCUGGAAUUGGCGAGCAUUCUUGUUAUUUUAUUUAGUUCUGAAUGGCUAUGUAAAUGUUUAUAAAACAAAAGUGUUUGGACCAAAUGGAAAGGGUUCAGAUCUUCCAGCUGUAAUAAAACCUGGUUAUCAUUAUUGUCAUUUUUGUCAGUUGAAUGCACCUCCUCGUUCUCAUCAUUGUCCAGUUUGCGAUAAAUGUAUAUUUCGUCGUGAUCAUCAUUGUUCGUUUAUUGCUGAAUGCAUUGGACAUUUCAAUCAACGAUUUUAUAUUCCCGCUGUCUUCAAUUUUUUGGUUGCAUCGGCGAUUAUACUCACUUGGAAUUGGUCAUAUAUGUGGUUAUCAUUCGAUGGUAUCUCUGUGUUAAUGCUUUGGCAAUUAAUUGUUCCUCAUUUGGCUCUUAUAUUUCGCGUCAUUACAUUUUCACAAUUUUUAUGUGUCCUUUUAUAUGUUUCAUCUUUGGUUGUUUUUCUUUUUCUGUUUUAUCUGGCUUCAGCACAAAUAUUUUGCUUAUAUCGUGGACAAACUCGUGUGGAGUAUCUCAUGGAUAUACAUGCCUACAAUGUAGGAUUUUUUGGAAAUAUUCGCCAAUCACUGGGACAACGAUGGCCAUUAAUUUUAUUCAUUCCAUUCAUAUUAUCACCACUUCAGUCAGAUGGUCUUUCAUUUGCUACAAAAAAUAUGGAAUCGAUUAAUGACAGUGCAAAAACUAUCUAG